AUGUUCCAUGUAGGCGUUCAGUUGCAGGUAUCUGAAGAGGUAAUCGACUUGAUUUCAAAGUUGAUCGUCGUUGACGUGGACGAUCGUAUUGACGUACACGGCGCUCUCAAUCACACAUACAUCACCCAGAGUAUCAGUCCGGACGAGCUCCGUGCUCAAAAAGCUUGUCCAUUUAAAGUCAAAAUGGAUAUGGCUGCUGUCGAGACGUUGACACAUCAGGAGCUAGCUGAAGCUUUGAAUAGGGAUGUACGAUCAGCCGACUGUUCCCUUUACUCUGUGCACUCCGGAGGUUCGUCUUUUGUGUUUACUGCCGAUUUUUUAUCUCACUUGGUGGUCCCAUAG